AUGGCUCUCACUUGGACAGAACGAGAACGCGCCACAGGAAAGGUCUUGCCAGGGUCCAGCACACCGACCGCAACGGCCACCGGCACCCUGAGCCUAUUUGUAUUGAAAGUCGCAUCGAUAACGCAGACAAAAUCCCGCAACAAACCGAGAGGCGGCCUUGAGAAGGUCACG